CGGGAGGAGGGCUGUGUCUCCGGCGCGGCGGUGCGGGUGCUCGACGGCCGCUGGCGGCUCCCCUCGGCGCGCGCGGCUCCCGGCCCAGAAUGCGCCGAGUGUGCGCCGUCUUCGGGGGCUCGCGCGGCAUCGGCAGGGCCGUGGCGCAGCUCCUGGCGCAGAAGGGCUACCGCCUGGCCGUCGUCGCCAGGAGCCUGGAGGCGGCCGGAGCCGCCGCCGGGGCCCUGGGCGGAGAUCAUUUGGCAUUUAGCUGCGAUGUUGCCAAAGAACAUGAAGUUCAAAGUACAUUUGAAGAUAUUGAAAAAAAUUUGGGUCGAGUUAAUUUCUUGGUAAAUGCAGCUGGAAUUAACAGGGAUAGCCUUUUAGUAAGAACAGAAACUGAGGAUAUGAUAUCCCAGCUUCAUACUAACCUUCUGGGUUCCAUGCUGACCUGUAAAGCUGCCGUGAAGAGUAUGAUUCAGCAACAGAGAGGGUCGAUUGUUAAUGUCGGAAGUGUUAUUGGUUUAAAAGGCAACUCUGGCCAGACUGUGUACAGUGCCAGUAAAGGAGGCUUGGUUGGGUUUUCACGUGCUCUUGCUAAAGAAGUAGCAAGAAAGAAAAUUAGAGUGAAUGUAGUUGCACCAGGAUUUGUUCAUACAGAAAUGACAAAAGACUUGAAGGAAGAACAUUUAAAGAAAAGUAUCCCUCUGGGGAGGUUUGGGGAACCUGCUGACGUGGCCCAGGCGGUGGUGUUUCUUCUAGAAUCUCCGUAUGUCACGGGGCACGUCCUGGUGGUGGAUGGAGGGCUGCAGCUUGUCAUGUGAUUGACAGUCGUUGGCUGCUUCAGUGAUGAGCGCCGGCCCUUUGGUGUUGGCUGGACAGUCAUGACUUCGUGGCUGACAUUUGCUGAUCGAGCCUAUUGAUGCUACAGAUGUUGAUUAUCAUCUUCAUAUAAAUAUGAAAAGAACAGUGA